AUGAUGAAGAUGAACCGUGUGAUCUGUGUGUUGGCCGUUGUGCUGUGCCUCGCCUGCGGGUAUACCAUGACGGUUGCUGCUACUACUGCUACUGCACAACCAAAGGCGGUGAUGGCGACCUUUGAUGAUGUCCUUCCGGAUGAAGGAGUGACAAUAGACAUUACGCCUGAUAAGGUGAGGGAAUGGAUGGAUAGGAAAAACAAUAAAGAUAACACGGCAACCAGUGAAAAAGAACCUGCCCAGCAAUCUCCUCCAGAGGGAAGUGCAACUGCCCCAUCAGCCCCACAAGAGAAUGGCAAUGAUGAUUCUACGGCAACCAACACUCCAUCUCCUUCAACCGAUGCACCGAGCAGCACUACUGCCAAUGCUGACAGCAGUUUCAGUUCUGUGUGGAUGCGCACUACAGCACCUCUGCUGAUUGUGGCUGCGUUGGUUUUGUAA